GCGGAAACCGUGAGCACGGGCACCAUUUCAUGGACAGCAUCGUGGAAUCUGCCAUGAAUGGCAUGCUCGUCCGCCUCAAGUGGGAGUACCAGAAGGAGAGCUCUCCAAAGCACUGCAGGAGGCCGCUGGCACGCUGCCGCCCCCGAGGGGCACCAGCGAUGCCCUGCGGUCGGCGGCGCAGGAGGUCCUGGACUCCGCAGCGGUGGACCCGAGGCAUCUGCCGAACACGCCCGAGGAGAGGGGG